UUUCCAAUUGGGCUUUUUCAAAAUUAACGUUCUCACUCUCUCACCCUCAGUCUUACAUCUUCAUUUCCCACACUCACAGAACUCUCUCAUUCUCUCAUUUUCUCUCUAUCUCUCACACGGCCUCUCACAUUCACACACGCUCACACACACAGAGAACCCCGCCGGCGUCGACGAGCAGAGCCCGGCCCAGCCCAGCGACGACGCCGACGAGGCUGAGCCCAGCCAUCUGCUCCUCUCCUCAUCGAUCUCUCUCUCCCUCACUAGGAGAUCCUUUAUCCUUUUCUCCCUCUCUCUCAUUACCACCCCCAUACCCAUUCAUUUUUCCUCACCAUACCCAUACCCAUUCCGAUUUUGGUUGAUGACAUUCAACUCUCUUUGGCUGAAGUCAAAUUUGCUUGGUUACCCAUUCCGAUUUUGCUUGAUGACAUUGUUGCUUGGAUAGUGCAUAUUGUUGCUGCCAUCCUUAAGAGUUUCCAAAUUUCUGCCUUCAGUAUGGAUGCUGCAAAUGCUGGACGGAUUGACCAUACACGGCCUGGCCCUAUUGACGAUUCGGUGUUAAAGUUGCAGUCCACCCAUCGGUCAGAAGCUAUUUGGAAUGGACAGGAUCCAGGGGCCCUUACUUGCCGUGGCCGUACUGAAGAGUUCUCAAACCGAGAACCAAUGGUAGAUGAUCGAGUUGUUCACAUUAUUAAGGCAUUGGGGUUGGAGGGACUGCUGAGGCAGCCGGGUAGAGAGCUUGACCACGGCCUAAUUACAGCCUUAGUGGAGCGAUGGCGGCCCGAGACUCACACCUUCCACAUGCCACAUGGUGAGAUGACCAUUACAUUGCAGGAUGUGGAGGUGAUUCUCGGGCUUCCUAUCGAUGGUGACGCUGUAACAGGGAGCACACAGAAAACUUGGACGGCUGUGUGCGAGGAGUUCCUUGGCUUUCAACCUAUAACUCAAGACCAGCAUAAGGAACUUCAUGGCCAAAGGAUUCUCAUCAAACGGCUUUUGGAGCAAGUUGCUAAUCCAUUGCCGCCUAAUGCCGAAGAGGAUGAGCUGUAUAGGUACGCACGAUGCUAUAUCCUAGCGCUACUGGGGGACACAAUAUUCAUGGACAAAUCUGGCGAUAGGGUGCAUCUAAUGUGGGUGCAGCAGUUGGAAGACCUUCGCAACCCACGAAGGUACAGUUGGGGGAGUGCUUGCCUUGCAUGGUUGUACCGAGAGCUAUGCAGGGCAAGCCAUAAGGAAACCAGUCAAAUCGGUGGAUGCUUACUGUUGGUGCAGUAUUGGGUAUGGGCCAGGUUUCCUUAUUUGUGCCCGGCAAUUGAGCGUGGCCCACCAGUAGGAGCUUAUGGUCCUCCAGCGCGUGGUCCUCUGUACUUGAAGUGGGCGUGGGUCCCAAACAAGAAAAACAGGCCUGCCCACAUCUUCAGGGAUAGGUAUCGCCAGCAAAUAGCUUCAAUGCUGCCAAGCCAGGUGGUGUGGCAGCCGUACGAAGCCCAUUUUGAGGACCUUCCGCCAUGGUGCGUUGCAGGGAGGGCUGUGUGGACGGCAACGGUGCCGCUUGUAUGUUUCCACCUAGUAGAGAUACAUACACCGGAUCGUGUCGUUCGUCAAUUUGGGAUGAUCCAAGAAAUUCCCGAAGAUGUUAACACUGACCCCGUGCUUCAUGCCAUUGAUUUGAGGGGGAAGGUGGGCGUUGAUUGGAUGCGGAAACAUGCCACCCAUUUACUAAAUUGGGGUAACCGCCUUCAACGGUGUUGUCAAGCAGUGCUUGGUGAUAUGCCUCCACAGCAUCAGUACUUCGACUGGUUCAAAAGGGUGACUCGGAGGUUCAUUGAUGUUCCUGGUGCUACAUUGACUAUACUGGUAACUUCUCCACAUUUUGUACAUUUUACCGUACUCCUUAGCAUGAAACAAUAUUGCAUGCAUGAAGCAACAUUACAAAUUUGA